UCGAGUGAAAAAUGUAAACAAACCAUAAAAAACUGCGUUGGAAAUCGCCUUAAAAUCGUGUUAAAAUCUCAACAUUUUUUAACUAUUUCGUGUGCGUUAGUCGCAAUUAUACAGGGAAAAGAUAACGCUAAAGCUUUUGCAAAGGAGCCGAGUGUAUUUGUUGUAGAAAUAGCUUAUCGUGAAGCAUGAAACUCGUCUUUACGUAACUGCAUAGAACAAAUCUCCUGCUGCGGUGCCGCCAUGACUUCUAUGACCUUUGGGCAGAAAAAGUUCAUACCGACCGCGCCGGAAAAGGGCAGUUUUCCGCUGGACCACGGCGGCCAGUGCCGGAAACUGAUGUUGUUUUACAUGCGCUGCUUGCGAGAGAACGCCGACGAUAAUUCUGCCUGCCGCCAGGAAUCGAAAGCAUACCUGCAGUGUCGCAUGGACCACGAGUUGAUGGCCAAAGAAGAUUUCGCCAAGCUUGGCUACGGAUCAGAAGCGCCGCCAAAGGCAAACGAGCAAUCGUAA